AGUUUGGAACGAUUCCGCCGCAGCUUUCUCUCUCGCACCAACAAAUCGUCCUUCGCUGUACCCAAUUUGUGACAAUAAAUGCAAAGUUAGAAAUAUUCCCGACUAGUUGCUGCUUAAUUGAAUAAAGCUGAACCUUUAUACCCCAACUAUUUUGCGCCCCACAACUCUCAAGUGGAACAGACACCCCAAUAAAUCUAUAAAUUUCAAGGGUAAAGUUGUCAGAACAGAAUGUACCAAGAGGAAGAAGCCGAAAGAGAUUCUCCCGAUUCGGAGAGUUAUCGUACGAUGCGGAGCAGGGUUCAAAUUGUUCAAAGGUCGGUACGAACAACACGAGGGGACGAUGAGCGCGAUGAAGGAUUGACGAAAAAUGAAACGUCGGAUUAUAAUCGUCGAAGAAGUUCCAAAAGAUCACCCUCUGUUGAACGAGAAGAGCAGGCGGAGGACGAGGACGAAUACCGCAAGAAAGAUAAGAAAAAAUCGCACAAAUCCCACUCCCGUGAGAAUCGGGACGGGUCGGCAGAUAGUCGUAGCGACAGAAGGAGUAGGAGAAGAAGAAGCAAUGAGGGUGACAGAGAGGAAGGUCGACGAGAUAAGAAGAGGGAUGAGAGGCGGAGGAUGAGUAAGGAACGACGAGACAAGAGCAGAGACAGGAGCGACAAAAAUGUGAGCAGACGCGACAAGACGGACGAGAGGCGUGAGAAGAAAGAAAGCAGACGAGAGGGAGAUGACGAGGAUAGAAGAUCGGACAGAAGGGAUGAUGAUAGUAGACGACGACGUCGACAUCGUGACCGUUCUCAACAUGAUGAUGAUGAACAAGGACGAUCCACCAAUGCUGAAAGGAGCCGUAAGCGUGGCCGCGAGGAAACUGAUGUCAAAGACGUUGAUUCUCCGAAAAAGAAGAAAGUAGUGGUCGACGAUUUGACUACCCGUACUGGAGGGGCUUACAUCCCACCCGCGAAGCUCCGUAUGAUGCAAAAGGACAUUACGGAUAAGAGCAGCAUGGCUUUCCAAAGGUUGGCCUGGGAAGCACUCAAAAAGUCGAUCAACGGACUCAUUAAUAAAAUCAACAUAUCCAACAUUGCUGUAAUUGUUCGGGAACUAUUUAAGGAAAACUUGAUUCGUGGUCGUGGGUUGUUGUGCAGGUCAAUUAUGCAAGCACAAUCAGCAUCCUCGACAUUUACAAAUGUCUAUGCCGCGCUGGUGUCUGUGAUCAAUACGAAGUUCCCAAACAUUGGAGAAUUGCUGCUCAAAAGGCUUAUUAUCCAAUUUCGUCGCGGCUACAUGAGGAACGAUAAGCCUGGAUGUUUGGCAGCUGCAAAAUUUGUGGCUCACCUGGUGAAUCAGCAGGUGGCUCACGAGGUCGUGGCCCUAGAAAUUCUUACAUUGCUACUGGAACACCCGACGGAGGACUCGGUUGAGUUGGCCAUUGCCUUUCUCAAAGAGGUUGGCAAUCGACUCGAGGACGUGUCUCCCAAAGGAACGCAUGCUGUGUUUGAAAGACUAAGACACGUGCUGCACGAGGGCCACCUUGAGAAACGAGUGCAGUACAUGAUUGAGGUCAUGUUUCAGGUGCGAAAAGACAAGUUCAAAGAUUAUCCAUCCGUGGAGGAAGACUUGGAUCUUGUGGAAGAGGAGGACCAGUUCACCCACUUGCUCACACUUGACGAAGCCACUGACGGUCAAGAUAUACUGAAUGUGUUUAAGCUGGACGAUGAAUACAUUGUAAACGAGGAGAAAUAUGCCACACUGAAAAAGGAAAUUCUGGACGAAUCUGAUUCUGGAGAAGAAGGAGAUGAGGAAGAGGGAGACGAAGGGGAAGAAGACGAGGAAGAUGCUGAGGCGGCCGAGAAGGAAAAGGAGCAAAUUUUGGAUAAGACGGAAACAAAUUUGGUUGCGUUGAGGAGAACCAUUUACCUCACCAUUCAGUCUUCCUUAGACUUUGAAGAAUGUGCUCACAAAUUGUUGAGAAUGAAUUUAAAGGAAGGACAGGAAACGGAGCUAUGCGCAAUGAUUGUUGACUGCUGUGCUCAACAACGAACGUAUGAAAAGUUCUUUGGUUUGCUAGCCCAAAGAUUCUGUAAUUUAAAUCGGAAAUACCAAAUCCCUUACGAAGAGCUGUUUAAGGAUACAUAUGCCACAGUUCACCAUUUGGAUACAAACAAGUUGCGCAACGUUGCAAAGUUCUUUGCUCAUUUGUUAUUCACUGACGCCAUAACUUGGGAAGUUCUUCAAAAUAUUCGACUCACGGAGGAUGAUACGACAAGCUCGAGCCGAAUUUUUAUAAAAAUAUUGUUCCAGGAGCUGAGCGAAUACAUGGGAUUGCCCAAACUGCAUCAGCGAUUGUGCGACAAAACAAUGGCCAUUUGUUUUGAGGGCGUCUUUCCGAGGGAUCAUCCUCAGAAUUCAAGAUUUUCCAUCAACUUCUUCACAUCUAUUGGAUUGGGCGGCUUGACCGACGAGCUGAGAGAACAUUUAAAGAAGGCCCCAAAGCCUACAGCCAUCGUCCCCCCAUUGCAACACAUGAAAGAUAAAUCGUCUGAUGACUCGUCAGAGGACUCAGAUUCUAGCUCCUCGUCGUCAUCGUCUUCUAGCACAUCAUCGUCAUCUUCGUCCUCUUCCAGCUCUUCUAGCUCAUCAUCAGAAUCCUCUUCUUCAAGCUCGACAUGAAAACUUACCGUAUGCCAAUAGUGACAGAUUGACGGAAGUUUAUCUUAUUAUUACUACAAUGUAAAGUUUCAUUAAAUAAUGCAGUGGCAUCAAGUAGAAAUGCCAGAAUCUUAACAUAUUUUAUAUUUAAAAACUUUGUUAUUCACAAUAAAAACUGAUUUUCUUACAUCA